UCAAAUAGAAACUUGAGGAAUUAUUAAAUGUUUUGCAACUUUUGACUGUGCAACCUAUAGAAGCUAUCUUAUUAAAUGGAUUAUUGUUUCCUGGCAAGGCUUGCGCUGAUUUGACAUUUGUGUGUGAUUCAUUCUGACAGAGCCAGUGGGCUAUGCAAAGUGUCUGGGGACAGUGCGAGUGUCUGAGUAUCGACAAUAAUAAUAAUUUAUAAAUAAAUCAAGACAAUGGCCACCUCCACGCUAACGGCUACAACAUCUCCGAGUCCAGCUGGCGGCAUGAAGAAUCCGCAGCUGAAGCGCGUCGUCUAUUCCAAGUAUCGGGAGCUGCUGGGCUCGUACAACGAUAAGGCCAAUGCCAUCAUCGAGACGCUGCCCGCUUAUAUGGUACGAGAGGAUCGCGGAUUUCAGCUGGAGAUGCCGCUGCCGUUGCCGCAUGCCAAUGCGAAUGGCCAUGACAAAAGCUCUGUGGAUACCUAUGGACAACGAGGCGGGGGCGCCGCUGGAGGCGGUGGCUUCGAGGCACCCGCUUGUGUGCAAAACGCGAUGAUGACAAAAGACAAGAAGCCCUUCACCUAUACGCCCGGCGGCAUAGAUCUCUCGCAAAUCCGUUCGGAGCGCAUGGCCAAGCGACUGGCGCGCAAUGCUCAAGCCGAGGGCGCCGCCACCGGUGCCGCCCAACAAAACAGACCCUCACCACAGUCGCCGGGCUCUGGUGGCAGCGCCGCCAGUUCUAUGGGUGCCGCAGCAAUGGGCAUGCCGUUUCAGGUGCUGCCGCCGCCACCGCCACCGCAGCCGCAGUCACAGACGGGGUACAAACCAACUGGCAACAGCUACAACAACAGCAACGGCAACAACAGCUACAGCCCAUACACACCAUCAAGUCUGCAGCAGCAGCAGCCACAAUCGCCCUCACCCAAAACACCGCCGCUGCAGCAACAGCUGCAGCAGCCAACGCCACCGGCAACACCCCCACAACAACAACAACAACAGCAACAGCAGCCGCGUCAGGAGUUCCGCAGCGUGGCCAUGCCACAGUCACCGGCUGUUAAUGUCUAUACGCGUCAAACGGACAGUCCGCGCUCGCCUUUCGAGUUGCAACAGCAGCAGCAGCAGCGCGCCACAGAGAGUCCCUUCCGCUUUGCACAGCAGCAACAGCAACAGCAACAACAGCAACCACAACAGCAGCAACAGUCGCGUCCAGCCACGGCAAUCUCUCCGCUGGUGCAACAACAGCAGUCACGACCAUCGCCAGCUAUUUCUCCACUGGCUCAGCAGCAGCAACAACAACAGCAAACUGUUCCCUGGCGUACACAACGCCCCCAGUCCGCUGCACAACAGCAACAACCACAGCAGCAGCAGCAGCCAACGCAUUCGCAGCCCAUUUACAACAAUGUGCAACAGCAGCAACAACAACAACAACAGCAACAGCAACGAUCUCGCGAUGUCUUCAGUCCCGCCCGAACGGAGCAACAGCAACAAAACUUUGGCACUCAGCAAUCGUCAUAUCAAGGAGCUAAGCCGACCAACGUUGGCUCACUUUACAUAGCUCCACUAGCGCAGCCCACGGAGCCGCAAGCACAGCGCCUCUUGCUACAGCAGCAGCAGCAGCUUUCGGGAGCUCGUGACUCGCCCAUGCGGCAAGUGCCGCAACAGCAGCAGCAGCAGCAGCAGGCACAGCAACAGGUGGGCGGCCAGCCACUGCGCUGGUUGAGCUCACAGCCCGCGGCGAAGGAGCAGGCGCCCUGGGCACGCCCCGAGGAGAAUGGCAAUGUGGUGCCCUCCACUCUACGACAGUCGACAGCUCCGUCGGCAGUAACGCAGGCACAGCCUGCAACGUUCUAUCAGCCUCAGAUGGUGCAGAGUAAUGGCCAUGGAGCAGCUACUUCGCCCGGCCCGGCUGCUCAGCAAAACUUUGGCUCAACAGCCCAGCAGAGUGGACUACGCUUGCAGAUCAACAGCAACAAUGUAAACCAGAGUGGUCCCAAGGAGCGCAUAAUUCCCAUUACACUGGAGCAAACCCCAACUUAUGCCGCUGCGCAGCCCAAUUUCGGUGGUUACAACAAUUAUCCAGCUACAGGAGCGUCUGCGCAGGUGCAACGCGUCAUGUCACCCACCCAGCAUCAUCAGCAUCAUCAGCAACAACAACAACAAUUUGUUAGUUCUAAUAGCAUCAGCAAUAAUUCGACUCGCAUUAUACCCAUUGCGAUUGAAGGGGGACGCGGAGGUCCAGUCUCCCAGUCACCAGUCGUGCUACAAAACGAUCCACGCUCACCGCCCAUACAAUCGAAAUCGUUUAGAAUAUUGCAAAAGAUAACCGACACAGUGGACGAUGUCAGCAGCGAUCCCAGGCAAGAGUCGCCCCACCUGCCGCAGCAGCCUCAUUUGGAGGUGGAGCUGCCGCAGCUGCAGCGCCCACAGUUCGCUCGCCAGAUGAGCGCUCAGCAGGCGCGGAAUAGUCCGACCAUUGAGCAAAUGCGGCGGCUGCAAAUCGCGCAGGAUCAACAGUCGGGCACGCCGCCAGCCUGGUGCCCGCAAGGUAACGGCGCGUCUGCUCAGAACCGCUUUACACCUCAGCGUUCUCCAUACGAUUCAGCCCAACAACAACAACAAUACGUGCCACCUAGUGAGCAGCAGGCGCCGGAACCGAAGAAGUACACGGGCAGCGCAAUACCGAGUCGAUCAUUUAAAAUUUUACAGGCAAUGACAACACCAGAGAAUGCCGAACAUAAAAUUCACACCGAGCUGGACUCGGAUUUGGAAAAUAUUGAAUUGAACGAAGCCAAUAAUAAUAAUAAUAAUAAUAAUAAUAAUAAUAAUCAUAAUAAUAUUAAUCAUAAUAAUGAGAAUAAUGAUAAUAUCAGAAAGAGUAACCAUAACCGAGAAAUUAACAGUAAAAUCAAUAAACGUCAUAGUUAUGCAUCAGGCACGCCCACUCCACCUCCCAUAACAGACACGAAUACAAGCACUUCUCACGGCAUAUAUUCAUCCUCAUCUUCUCUUAGUUCAGACAGCUCUUGCCCUCCACAGAUGCAGCCAGAGCGCUCGCAAUCGGUGCCCCCGCACUAUCCCUACGCUUAUGGUUACCCCUUUCCCUGGUACAUGCCGCCACCAGCCCAUCCCGUUCCUGGGCAGAAUAGUGGCGAACCGCCUCAAGUCUUAAAUUGGCCCUAUCCCUAUCCUUACCCACCACCCAUGCCUCUCACGGUGGAUGGCAAGCAACCGGAUGGCCAUCCACCCUAUCCAUAUUACUACCCCUAUUAUCUGCCUCCCCCACCAGCCUAUGGGCAGCCAGCCACGCCCAAUGAAACUCUGCAGCAUGGCUACCACCCUCAGUUUGUGCCCAACUAUGGUCCUUAUCCAUAUCCGGUAGCACCAAGCCUUAGCCAAAGCUCGGCCGAAAGUCGCGCCAGCAGCGUAUUGCCCGAUAUUAUAAUAACGCCAAGCACCGACGAUAUGCCCUCGAAGGUCAUAAUGCAGCACCAUAUCAAAGUGGAGCCACGUGAGCCACCCAAGCGAGCGCACUCCGUUGAAAUUGAGGAAUUGGUUAGUCGGUCGAAGACGCGCAAUAUCUGCAGCAACAAGGAGGAGGUAAUCGAUAUGCUCAGCCAGCGUCUGGCCAACAUUAACAAAAUCGCCGGGGGCAAUACCCAAGCCAAUUUAUCCAAUCAGCUCCAAAAGAGCUAUGCCGGUGAGCAUCUGAAGGAGCUGGGAGCACGCUCACCUAGUGAAAACGCCUCGCCAGUGCUGAUCACUGCCAUGCUAGACGAUAAUGAUGACAGUGACUCUGAGGAUAGCAGCGACGAGGAUGAAGAAGACUCAGAUACACCCAAGCAUGCCGGUCGCAACUCCCCAUCUCCGCUGCAGGCCAUCAAGUCCGUGACCAAUGUGCAGAUCUACAAGGGCUUGGGUCAAUUGCCAGUGGAACCUUUGCAGUCCGAGAGUGAGGACGACGAUGGGACGACAGCUGAUGAAAUGAUUGAUGAGGAAGAGCAGGAGUGCCUGAUCGAGGAACUGGACGAUGACUAUGUUGUUGAGGAGGAUCUAAGCACCAUUUAUGAGGAGGAAAGCGAGCUGGAACGCAGCAGCAACUACGCCAAGACGGUUAUUAACCACAAUGGAUCCAGUGCCAGUACUGCUACCAUAGGAGCUCGCCAAGUAGAAGAAGACGACCUGGAAGAGCAAAUAGAGGAUAAUGAUCGGGAUGACGAUGACGAUGACGACGAGUCUAAUUCGGUCACUGUGCGUUUGCCAUUGCGCUUCAGCUUUAGUCGCAGCUCAAAUGACAAGAACAUAGCCACCGUGGAGGUGGGCAGUAGCACACAGAACGAGGAGAGACGCCAGAGUGUUAGCUUGGACAGCAAACGUAAUUCAUUUAGCAUAGCCAAGAUCGAGAGUGAUAAUGAGGAGGAUAACGAUUGUGAGGUCAGCGUUACCAUCAGCUUGUCAAACUCCUCCCGUUCCAAUUCCGUAGAAAAGUCCGCGAUGCUCCCAAGUGCCAUAAAGGCAAGCACUGAAGAUGUAUCCACCUCCAUCUCGCUGGGCAUGCGCAACAAGUUCUUAGCGGACACCCAACACGGCGAGCUAACAAAUAACGUUGCGAUAUUGAAACCGACAGAAGAAGUUGAGGUUACCUCGGAAGCACCAAAAGAGGAAUUCGAUUUCUUUGCCACGCUUUUGGCCACCAAAAUGCAAGCACAGAAAAUGAUGGAGCAGUCCAAGAGCUAUUGGAAAACGACAGAGGCCAAGCCAGAAGUACAAGCAAAAGAACCUGCGCCAAAUGAAACUGUGAAGCUGCGAGUUAAGCAAAACGAAGAACAUGCCAAAAAACCAAGACCAAAAUCGUGUGACAUAUCCAAGACUCAGGACUCUUUGGAGGCAGCCAAGAACAGCUUUUGGUCCACAUUUGCAACGGCAGCCAAAGAACCUGAACCUCUCCAUGAACCAGAACAACUGGAGGAAGAAAUUGACUUCUGGGCUAGCGUUGAAAACAGCAAAGAGGAAAGUCAACGCCCAAAAAAACAGAAAACGGUUACGUAUAUCCCACUACAAAAGGAAACAGUGGACGAAGUGGAACAUUGGACGACUACCCUAAAAGCCAAUGUGAAAUACAUGCCCCAAUCGCAGUGUGCUGAGGUUCAUUUCGUGGUAGAAGAAAAUCCAGGAGCUGAGGAAACGAAUGAAGACGAGGAGGACUUUUGGGCUUCGGUAGAGAAAGCCAAGUCCGAGAAGACUGAAAAGCAGCCCGAGUUGGAGUUUUGGUCAGAUCAGUCAGCGGACACUCGUGAUGAAAGCCCGAAUGUAAAUCUAACAGAGCCAAUUGCCGAGGAAGAGGACAUGGAUUUCUGGGCCGACAUAAAGUCCUCUGAAGGUAGCUCUGACAACAAGGAAAACGACUUUAAAUUCGAUCCCACCAAAUAUCCUGAGGAGCCACGCGAGGUUGAUACCGAUGAAGAAAUUGAUUUUUGGACAGAAAUCGAAUCGAAACGCAAUCCGGAUGAUGACGAUGUAACUUUCCACAAAUCCGCCACUUUUUGGGCUCGCAAAGAGCGCCAAAACUCGGUGGAAGAAACACCCUACAAGCCCGUGCAGACUAAAGCAUUUCGCGCCAAGCUGCCCGACGAGCCAGCUGUGGAAAUCGAUGUAUGGGCCACUUUGGAGGGAGCUCGGGGAGAGGAGCCAGAGAUUGUUGAUCCAGUUUUAGAAGAGGAGCAAAUGCUAGCUGCGCAAUACGAAGAGAUUGAGCAUGAAGAAGACAAACUGGCGCAAUCAGCACCACAGACGCCAGAGCCCAAUCUCGACGCAGUUGAGACUAUGUCGCUGGCCUCCAUGCAUGAGCCAGCAACUGUGCACACCUGGACGCCUAGCACACAAGCCAACGUGGACCUGGAGAGCGGCGAUGAGCCUGACUUUUGGGCUGAUAUAGAACAGGAGCGUGGCAAGAAUGACCAGUUGGAGGAAGCCGAGCAGAAACGUCAUAACUAUCGCCAGGCCAUGGCUUUCUUCAAUACCUCCAUCGAUGAGCACAAGGUACAGCAAAAAGUGCAACCCAAUCGCAGCAGCGUAAUCCUGGAAUCAGCGGAGCCAACCGAUUUGGAGCUGGGCUCACCAGGUGCAUAUGAAAUUGUGGGUGAAGAUGGCGUCGUUGUGGAACAACAUGGAUUGCAAACGGUCAGUGCAGAAGACGAGGAUCGAGAAGCAACCACACCGACCAACCAACUGCCAGAAGUUUACGUGGAGCCAGAGCCGGAGCAGCAAAGAAAACUCCUAGCCAACGGUCUACCUGAUCUCGGUGUGUCGCAAGCACCCAAAAUUUCGGUGCGCGAGCGCAUCAAUGUAUUCGAGACGACUCCAGCAACAACAACUGGGGCAACCCCUCUAAACAAGGUUAUGAAUAUUCAUUCGUUGUCCGUGGACAGCGGCCGUGGCAAGGGACAGCUGUCCCGCAAUAGCAGCACACAGCGAUCCGAGUCAGAAAUCGAAGAGGAUGACUCAGGCGUGACGGAUAUGAAUCGGCAGAUGUCAGAGACGGACACUGAGUCCGAAAGUUUUCCGGAGCUGCGUAAGAUGACGAGCUACCAGCGCGCCGCCACACAUUCCAGACUCUUCAAACUGCUCCAGGACGAGAACGAUCUGCCCGAAGCGGCAGAGGCUGGACAGGCGGACGAGUUCCAGCUUAAGCCCAGCAGACGCAAGAUUGUGCACAAUGUAUCCAUUACGCGUCGCCAAAAUCCUAAUGCACUUAGCGAGGCCGAGACGAUGACCCAACGACGCGAACGUCUCUCGUUGCCUCUGCGCAAGAACACCAGCAUCGAUGCGGACAAUCCCUCCACGCCGAACAGUCCCGCCUCGCCCAUUGUCGGGCCAUCCCCCAGCAAGCAGCGUGUGGUCAGCGAUAAGCUGGUUAACGAGCUGGUGCAGAGUCUGCUGCUGAAGAGCGACAGCACGCAUUUGCGUAAACUGCCGAUGGAACGGCUCCAGGCCGCGGCCAAGCGCGCCCUGGCGGAGGAAAUGGAUUCCGUGGACAAUAGUUCGCUGGAUAGCACGCCUGCACCUACGCCCAAGCAGGAUAAGGAGUACGCCGACUAUUACAGCAGCUGGACCGAGGCCAGCGGCGGUGAAGAGAUUGUGCCCUCGAAGGCCUUCCGAGCGCUACAGGAUCCGCGACGCAGUCCCUGGACCGUGCGCUGUCCCCGCGUUCUCAGCUCCAAGACAAUCAAUCGCGACCUGGCCCGUGUCACAGAGUCACCCGAAAUCUUGAGCAAUCGAAGCAGCAAAAGUCCCGAAUGCUUUAGGCAACAGUCGGGGAGCAGGGAACACUCCGUUAGCAGCUGGCGCAAGGCCUAGCGUUUGCUUAGGGAUAGCUCAUUGUGUAUAGCUAGGGGCGGGAAUCACACGUACACACCUUGAUAUUAGUGGAUCAGCAUCUUAAUCGACUUGCAUUUGGGUUAAGCAACUCUGGGCAGGGGGCGGGUCAGGGAGCCAGUUCUUGCAUUUCUCAUCCAAUCACAGCACAUCACAUUGUACAAUAUGACAACACACAGACUAAUAAUAAAAACUAAAUCUCUAAUGUAUAAUGUAUAAUGUAUAAUGUAUAUAAACAGACUUAAACCAAAGAAAAUCGUUCAUUCGUUCGUUCGCUCGUUCGUUUGUUAUCUCAAUAAAAGCGCAAAGUCCUCGCCAGUCAUUUCUAAAUUCGACUACAUACUAUAUAUACAUAUUUUUGUAUUUUUAAAUCGAUUCAAAAAAUAACUACAAA